ACAUGUAAACAGAAACAGCGUGGUGGAAGUAGAGUAGAGGAGUAGAGGCUGCUCUGGCUGGAGCUCUUCAUUGUUUUUGGUAUAUGGAGUUAGAAUAGCUGUCAGUGCAGAAGAAGAUUUGCAUACAGUUAGCUCAAGAUUGUACCAGCUUAAAAAAAGGAUGUUUACUUUUUUCAGAUGUUGCAUUUUACCUGCCAUCAAGCUUUACUGGUUGGGCUUUAGGGUCCUUCUUGGUCAACUUCUCAGCAAGACUUUCAAGCUACCAGACAUGCCCAAACAGGAGGGGAAGGUCGCCAUAGUGACGGGAGGAGGCAAGGGCAUUGGUUUUGAGGUGACUCUGCACUUGGCGGGACUCGGGGCUCAUGUGAUCAUUGGCGGGAGGGAUGAGCAGCAGGGUCUGGAUGCUAUUGCGAGGAUCCGUGAAGUGUACAGAGAGGCCAAAGUUGAAUUUCAGACUCUGGACUUGGGCUCUCUGCAGUCAGUCCGGCAUUUUGUCCAGAGCUUCAAGAAAAGACACCUACCACUAAACAUCCUUGUUAACAAUGCGGGUAUAAUGCUUGCUCCUGAGGGUCGCACUGAAGAUGGAUUUGAGAAGCAUUUUGGAGUGAACUACUUGGGUCACUUCUUGUUAACGUGGCUUCUUCUGGAUAACCUAAAGCAGUCAGGGACGUCUGAUUGUUUCUCACGAGUGGUUAAUGUCUCCUCUUCAGCCCAUUGCAUCGGAGAUCUCAAACUCAGUGACCUCAAUAGCUGUGAAUAUUAUUCAGCCCACGCUGCGUACUGCCGCAGUAAACUGGCCCUGCUGCUGUUCAGUCUACAGCUGCAGAGGGUGCUGCGAGCUGGAGGGGCCCCCGUGAGCUCGUGUGCCGUGGACCCCGGGAUGGUUCACACGGCCCUGUACCAGCACAUGUGGGCACCUCUGCGUUUGGCACAAGGCGUCAUCGCACAGCUGCUUUUCUGGACUCCUAAAGAGGGCGCUGCCACGGUCUUGUACACCUCUCUAUCACCAGCGCUGGAGGGGGGGCGUGCCGAAGACUACUGGGCCAAUGGACGCAGGCAGAUGACAUCACCUGUGACCUCUGACCCCCAGCUGCAGCUAAGCUUAUGGGAAACCUCCAUGCAAUUGCUAGGCCUGCAGUAGCGCUGGCCUAACUGAAGUGGGUGACCCUCAUGGACUCUGCUCUGAGAUGAAAGCAUCAAAUGAAAAUAAAAACUUUUGACCCAGAACGACCAGCCACUCCCACCCUCUAGCCCUUUCAUCUUCUGUUACUCAUACCUCAUGUUGACACUCUGUAUAUCGCCAUCUGAAAUCCACAAAUGUGAUUGGCUAUAGGCAAUGCAUAAGACUUUUUGUUGCAGACUCGCCAAAGAAGGGCUAAGGGAGAUUGGAGACAGCUCUGUUUUCCACUGUGAGCACUAAACAUUGAAGCAGGCACUCAAGGUCUAUAAAACCAUAAUCACACUUAGCCAUUAUAGUUAUAGUUGCCAUAUAUUCUUAGGACCAAAAUUGUUUUGUAGAAGUCAAGCCAGAUAAAUGAUUUUACCGCUCAAAAAAGCUGCACUCACUCUGCCUUAAAAUCAAUACUAAGGAUUUUAGGUUUUGUUUUACAGGUGAAAUUAUAAAUCUAGAUUAGAUAAACCUGCAUUUUGAAUACACAGACAUAAAUAUUUGGGAUUCAAUUGUUUGUACCAUGUCCAUGUGUCAAUUUAAUGAGUAUCAAAGCCUCAA